UCGGCUUCCAGAGGAGAAAGGGGAGCGCGCACAUCCACACCGGAGACUUCAGCGCCUGAAACGCGCCCGCUCAGAUCCUCGAGUCCAGCUCCCAUCUCAAAGAAGGCACCAUGAUUCCUGUGAUGGAUUUCCGGCAGCUUUCUGAACAGCAGCCAGCAUACCGAGUCCUGAAGCCGUGGUGGGAUGUGUUCACUGACUAUCUGUCUGUAAUGAUGCUCAUGAUUGGCGUCUUUGGAUGCACUCUUCAGGUAAUGCACGAUAAAAUUAUAUGCCUUCCUCAGAGAACAUCGUUGCCUUUAGACAACAGCAGUGAAGUAGAGUUGAAGCCAGCGUUACACCUUCAAUCCAGUACCACAGCUGUACCGACAGGCCUGAAGACCAAUCUGGAUCUUCAGCAGUACAGUUUCAUCAACCAGAUGUGUUACGAGAAUGCCUUGCAUUGGUAUGCCAAAUACUUUCCCUAUUUGGUUCUCAUGCACACUCUAGUUUUCAUGGUGUGUAGCAACUUCUGGUUCAAAUACCCUGGCUCGAGCUCUAAAAUAGAGCAUUUUAUCUCCAUGCUUGGCAAGUGCUUCGACUCUCCCUGGACCACACGAGCUCUGUCAGAAGUGUCUGGAGAAAAUCCAGAAGAAAAGGAUCAUAAAAAGGGCAGCACUUCUAGGUCCAACAUUCCCACGUCUCCUGGAGAAGGCAGUCUGGAGAAGACACAGUCCCUUCGUUCCAUCAAUGAAAAGAUUGUUGUUGACACACCAUCAGCAAGUGUUCUUGAUAAAAAGGAAGGGGAACAAGCUAAAGCUCUAUUUGAGAAGGUGAAGAAGUUCCGUUUGCAUGUUGAGGAAGGAGAUAUCCUCUACCUCAUGUAUGUUUGCCAGACUCUAUUCAAGGUGUUUAAAUUCCUCUUGAUCAUUGCCUAUAACAGCGCUCUAGUAAAUAAAGUACAUAAUAAAGUACCUUGCAAAGAUAUCGAAGAGAUCCAGAACAUGACGGGCUACAAAGUCUUUGAAUGUAAUCACACCAUGGCUCAUCUGUUUUCUAAGCUUUCUUGCUGUUACCUGUUUUUGGUGUCUGUCUAUGGAUUAACAAGCCUUUACACCUCCUACUGGCUGUUUUAUGGCUCACUGAAAGAGUACUCCUUCGAGUACGUGCGACAGGAAACGGGCAUCAGCGACAUCCCGGAUGUCAAGAAUGACUUUGCUUUCAUGCUGCACAUGAUUGAUCAGUAUGACCCACUGUACUCCAAACGAUUUGCAGUUUUUCUAUCUGAGGUCAGUGAGAACAAACUGAAGCAGCUCAGUCUCAACCACGAGUGGACUGCAGAGAAACUGCGUCAGAGACUCCAGACGAACUCCAACAACAGACUUGAACUUCAGCUGUUCAUGUUCCCCGGUUUACCUGACACCGUCUUUGAGUUGACAGAGCUGGAAUCCCUCAAGCUGGAGCUCAUCAACAAUGUCACCAUCCCUGGCUCAAUCUCACAGCUGCAAGAUCUUCAGGAGCUGUCUCUUUACCAGUGCUCUUUAAAGUUGCACACAACUGCUACCUCCUUCCUCAAAGAGAACCUGAAAGUGCUUCGUGUGAAAUUCGAUGAUAACAGGGAACUUCCGAACUGGAUGUACGGCCUGCGCAGCUUAGAGGAGCUCUAUCUCAAUGGGUCCCUCAGUCCCGAUGCCUCCAAGAAUAUAGUUCUUGAGUCUCUGCGGGAGAUGAAGUGCCUCAAAACACUCUCCCUCAAGACCAGUUUGACAAAGAUACCCCAGUCGAUUGUGGACGUUUCCAGCCAUCUGCAGCGGCUCUUCUUACACAAUGAUGGCACUAAGUUGGUAAUGCUCAACAACCUGAAAAAGAUGACCAAUCUGAUAGAGCUGGAGCUAGUGCGUUGUGAUCUGGAGCGCAUUCCACAUGCAGUUUUUAGCCUAUUGAAUCUGCAAAAGCUUGACCUAAAAGAGAAUAAUCUUCGUUCUAUAGAGGAGAUCGUCAGCUUCCAACAUCUUCGGAAACUCACUUGCCUGAAACUCUGGUACAACAGCAUCAUGUACAUCCCAGAGCAUAUCAAAAAACUCAGCAGCUUAGAGCACCUCUACUUCAGCCACAACAAGAUUGAGAUAUUGCCCUCGCACCUGUUCUUGUGCAACAAGCUGCGCUACCUGGACCUGUCCAACAACGACAUUCGAUUCAUUCCUCCAGAAAUCGGAGUCCUUCAGAGUCUGCAGUACCUCUCUGUCUCUUGUAACAAAAUUGAAAAUCUACCAGAUGAACUGUUCUUUUGCAAAAAGUUGAAAACGCUGAAGCUUGGCAAGAACUCACUUUCCAAACUCUCCCCAAAAAUAUCCUACCUAGCCCUGCUGACCUGCCUGGAGCUCAAAGGCAACCACUUUGAGUUCCUGCCACAGGAGCUUGCUUGCUGUCGUGCUUUGAAGCACAGUGGCCUUAUAGUGGAGGAGGCACUGUUUGAAACUCUGCCUUCAGAUGUCAGGGAUCAAAUGAAGGCUGAGUGAGAUGCCUUACUGUAGCCGCAGUGCCUGCUGUUUGCUCUGUCUACCAGAGCAUUUGUUUCAUAUGAGGUCAGAAUUAUAUUUAAGUAUUACACGACAGCUGAGAAAUAUAACUUUCUGCAGUUUCAUUAAUGGAGGGAAAAUUACAUUCACAUGCUGUCACACUGAGUGCAUUAAUCAGUAAUCACUGGUUAGAGUGAGACCAGCUCUUCCCCCUGUUGUCUGCUGCCUCAAGCUUUAUAUACAGAACAUGAUAUUGAUUUUUUCUUUUAUGUGUAGACGGGAAAAGAAAAGCAGAUUUCCCAUACUGUUAAAUCUGUUUCCAAUCACUGUAUCAUCACUGAAUGUAAAUCUUCACAUUUAGGUUGUACUGUAUAGACCUGCCUUGCUCUCUAACAGACUGUUAGUUCACACGGGUCACAGCAAAGGAGAAUAACCUGGUUAAACAGUUCUUUAUUGAAGGAAGCUAUCAUGUUAAAGUGCAUUAAAACCUGAAGGACGAGGUCACCGUGGUCUUUGUCUUUGUAAUAUGCAGCCAGCACAAAUGUGCAUUAUAAACAGUAUUUUAUGUCAUUGACAAAUAAAAUUGGAGUUUUUUUUAUGUGUCAUUUGGAAUUUUUAAAAGUCAGAACAUCACCAAUAAAAUGAAAUAAAAUGUUUUUAUUCAGUUGGUUCACUGACAGUAAAAUCAUCUGUGCUGUGAGGUAACCCUGAUGGCUUGUGAGGACUAAUAACUGUCAUGAAGAUUAUUAUUAUUAUUAUCUGUGCACAGCUGAAAAAACAUGUAGCUGCU